AUGACCGCCGUUCAUGUGUAUGAACCAGCUCACGAGGUCUCUUCAAGUACGAUCACGAGACCACAGUCUGACACGUGUUACGAUGUGCACGCUGGUGGGACUAUCAACUAUGAGGCUCUGCAACCAACGAAUGAAGAGGCAGGAAAGAGAAUUAAAUACCGCCAACUGGCUCUCUACGGUUUACUGUCUCUUUCUGUUUUACUCAAUGUAAUCUUCCUAGUGGCAUUCAUUGUGGCUACCUCUGAGAAUUGCGUAUGUAACUGUAGGAAUGAAGGAGAAAAUGAAACCUUCAAUGGGACACGCAGUGAAAUGACCCAAUACAGCGGAAUUUCAACCACUGAAACGUCUGUUCCUAUAACUAAUAUCAACGCGAAAUCGGAAAAUACAUCAGAAGUGAGUACACUACAGAUGACUAUGACGUCAGACCUGACUACCACAUCAGAGCCAACCACUUCGUCAGAUGUGGCAACUUCGUGGCAAACAACUACCUCGUCAGAACUAACUACUGUGUCAGAAUUGACACCUUCGUCAGAAAUGACAACCACGUCAGAACCAACUACUUCUUCAGAAUUGGCAACCUCAGUAGAACUGACUACAUCUACAGAGCCCAGCACGGCUUCAGAACCAACUACAACGGCAGAACCGGCUACAUCUUCUGAACUGACUACGACGUCAAAAACAACUACUAUGUCAGUAAUAACAACCACGUCAGAACUGACUACUUCGGCAGAAAUGACUACCACGUCAGAACUGACAACUUCGUCAGAAAUGACUACCACAUCAGAAAUGACUACCACGUCAGAACUGACUACUUCAUCAGAAAUGACAACCACGUCGGAACUGACUACUUCGUCAGAAAUGACAACCACGUCAGAAAUGACUACCACCUCAGAACUAACUACUUCAUCAGAAAUGACUGCCACGUCAGAACAAAUUACAUCGACAGAGUUGCUAACUUCAACAGAACUGACUUCAUCUUCAGAACCGACUACCGCGUCAGAAACAACUACUAUGUCAGAACUGAUUAGCACGUCAAUACCAACUACGACGUCAGAGACAACAAUGACAUCAGAAACGGCUAUUACGUCAGAGUCAGUUACCUCAUACGAACAGACCUCGACAACAGCAGGCCCCUCUCCUUGGGGACGAAGAAAGAAAAGAAAAUAA